CAAAGAGAAUCUUGUGUGUUUACAGGGAGGAGAAUCUGUAUAAAAUUUGUAUUGUGGUCACCAUGUUUUAUAAUGCUACUUUUUUCUCUCCUUUUCCACCCUAGAGUUUUAGAACGGAUUAUGAACUCUUAAGAUCUAGGUAGUGCUUCAUAUAUAAAUUGAUUUUUUUUUCCUUUUGAAUGUCAGUGGAAAUACAUUAGUGAAAUUCUAAAAUUAUGAGAGAAUCGAUUUAUUUUUACAAUCUGCAACCCUGCUAUGUAGACAUCAAGGACAAUUUUUAAUCUUUAUCUGUGUAUUAUUACAGUCAUGAAAAGUCAAAUUCUAACGUGUUUCUUAGGAGCUGAUUUCUUGGAAAUAACCAUGGCUUAUUGAAAAUGCAUUGACUGGACUAUAAGAAUUAAUGAAAGCAAAAUAGAAUAUGAUAGACCAGAAAACUCCUGGUUAGUAUCCUGGUUAGUAACCCUGUCUUUGAAGUGAGGGAGAAUUCAGUGCAAGCAGAGUUGUGCAACGAAGUCCCGGUCACCUAGCUCACUUUGAAAUUACUGAAUGUAAAUUCCACAUUGAGCUAAAUUUCAUGGAAAUCCUGAAUUUUCCAUUUGAAACUGUGUGUUGCUGAAAAUGCAUAAUAUUGCAAGUGAGGUCUUCAGGGUAUCACAGAGAAGCUGACUAGUUUGUUUGCCUUGGGUAUAUUUCUUUCUUUUGGGGAUGCUCUCUUAUGAAUAUUUUUAGUCUGGUCUCAGCCCUAAUAUGGUUUAUCUGCUUGAUGCUCUGUGUCAAUGUGGAAGUACCAAUUCAUACUGGUACUGGUUUUCUUUGUAUAUGGUGUACUGUUUUAGACUUCAUUUUACAGACUUGUUUUAGCAAGGCAUUUCUGAUAAAAAAACAGUCAUGCUUCUAUUCAUGAAAAGGCAUGGACCCUCAUUCAUUUCUUCCUUAAUUUUCCCACAGUGGAUUUGAUUGAUGUUUCUCUGAUUCAGCACAUCCUAUCAAGUGAACAAAGCCAGAAGGAAGAGAGGAUUUCUCUGAACAUGCAGCAAAUCUCUAGAAUGCUGAUGAAACUGUUCCAAAGGACAAGAUUAGAAAAACCAGGCCAGGUAGAUCCAAGAGCUGCUGAAUUCACAUUUAGCUUGCUGGUAGCCAUGUAUGACAGGUCUGGAACAGGGUAUAUCAAAACUAGAUCUGCUGCAGCUGCCUUAAUUUCCCUUUCAGGAGACACUCUACUGGCUAAAUACAGAGCUUUCUUCCAGUUUUAUGCUGUCCCUGAUGGGAAGGAGACCUUGAUUACCCGCAGUGCCCUGAGAAGCCUGCUAACAGACUUAAAUCAGAUCCCAGCCAUUGUGGGAGAAGGCUGCACUCUGUCUUGUGUGGAAAUUGCGAUUCAUGACUGUUUCCAUGGGGUUUUGAAUGCUGCUAUUGUUGAAGAAAAAUUCCUGUCUUGGCUGAGAUCAGAGCCUGCUGUUCUCCUGUGGCUCCCUACAUGUUACAGAUUAUCAGCCACAGAAAUGGUUUCUCACCAAGCUAAAUGCAGAGUCUGCAAUGUUUUCCCCAUUACAGGCAUCAGGUAUCGCUGUUUAAAGUGUCUCAAUUUUGACCUUUGCCAAGCCUGCUAUUUCACUGGCCGUCUCUGCAAACCACACAAGAGAUCACAUCCUGUUAUGGAACACUGUGUGCAGAUGUCAGCAAAGGCCAAUGCAAAGCACUUUCUCCGCACUAUCAGGAACAACCUGUUUCAAGAGCGCUGCAGAAGGAAAGAGGCUCAGAGAAGGACAGCUCUGGAGUCAGUGGAGGAGAGGCCCUUCCCUGCUCACAAAAAGACUUUUCCUCCUGUGGAAUUGAGUGCUUCAUCACUGCCAGGUCCUGAAAAUGUGUCUUUCCAAGUGAACAAUUGUGUCCCAGAGUCAGCCGGGUUCAUACCUGAGAACAGGACUGUAAUGCAGAAGAGUGAGAAUAACAACAAGACACCAGAGCAAGGCAAGACAACAGCUCAGGCAGUAGCUUCUUUUGAAGCAGAUGUGUUAAAAAUGCGUGAGUCCAUUAAAAGCAUUCACAGUGACAGCAGGUACAUGAAGAAGCAGUUCAACAAAUGGAAGGACAAAAUGCAAUUUCUUCAUAACUGCCAGGAAGAAAAAACCUACAAAAUAGAGGCAAAACUCCAAAGACUGAGAGUAAGCCAUGAAAACCUGCAAAUGACAAUGCAGCUCAUGAAAGAAGAAGUAAAGACCAUGUUGCAGUCAUCAGAGCAUCCUUUUGCACAGUGUCAUAAUACAAUGCCAAGAAAUCCACAUGUUCUGCUGGAAGGGAGAAUGCAGGGUGAAUUAAAUCCUGCCCAAAUAAGGCCUACUUCCAGAACAUGUGCAGAAUGGAAAUGUUUGAAUCCCCCAAACUCUGUAAAUAGAAUGCAACUUUUACAGACACCUGAGGUUCCCACUGCAGUGGAAUUUAUGUUCUCAGAUGACCCACUGGAGUCAGUGUCCCUGCGGAGUGACAAACCCUUUAUGGGACAGCGUAACAAAGCAAAAGAGAAACAAACAUAUCUGCCUAAACUGACAGAAAACUCUCUUGGUGGAAUGGGGAGUGCAGUUCUUAUUCCCACUGCAACGCAGAUACCACCUGAUGAGAGGGAAGUCAGAGAGGAAUUGGAACUGCUAAUGAUCAAACUGAAGGAUACAUUGUCUCUCCAAAUCCAACCAGCCCAGCAAAGUGCUUUGCACCAGGAGUUCUUCUCUACAGCUGAGCAUGUUUGCAGGUCCUUUUCUGACCUCAUCAACCAAGUAAUUUCACCAGCUUGUAAAUGAUGGAAACUACCAUUCACCUUACAACUUCAGUGAACUACUUAUGCUGUUGAUAUCCCAUGGUCAAGUUACUUCCUUGGAAUGAUGCUGUAUUCAUUGAUGCCAGCAACAACGAGAACUUUUUUUUCCUUAAAGAAUGACUUUAAAGACCUGAGAAAUUGAAAUUAUUCAGUACCACUUCAGAGAGAAAAAAAUAUACAGUGAGUUAUUUACUAUCACUUUUUGGUGGGAGGUGUAUAAAAAUAGUAAAAAAGUAAGUUAUUAUGCUCAAGACCACUUAUGGUUUGAGAAAAUUUUCAUAUUUUUAAGGAUUUUAGUUAUGUCACUGAAAUGAUACCAGCUUUCCAAGAAAGAAGACAGUCCGAGUUUCUACAGAAUUUUUUCUGUGAUUACAAAGAAAAUCAAUUUCAUUCAGGUGAGAACAAAAUAUUUUUGGAAGAUCUUGGAGAAAAGUUAGGUAAAUUUUAUAUUCUGAAGCUUUGUUUCAUAUAUAAUCAAACAGUGUUUAGGUUGAUGUGAUUUGAAAAGGCUAAUGAAAAGCAUAGGGCUUAAGAAAAGCUGCUUAGCAAAGAACUCCACAUUGAUUUUCCAUAUAGAUUUUCCUUGUGUUGUAUUUUUCAGAAUGAGUUAUAAUCAUCAAGAUAAAGGGACUGCCUGAUUCAUUAAAGAGGCUAGAAAUCUUAUUUUCUGUUGCUAGUACCUCAGCUAUCUUCUUGAAAGACCUUACACUGUGGUAGUAAGAUUAAUGAGCAUUCCUCAUUCUUUCUGCUAGUUUUGCUCAAAGGAGGCCUGAAUGACACAUCCUGCAAACACUCGAGAAUUUUCCAGCAAGAAAUAAUCAUAUGCUACUGGAAGCUAAUAAGUGAUUUGUCUCUAGCAAACAAAGUGGUAAAGAGAGUGAAAAUUAAAGAAAAGAAACUUAUUGAGGGAGGAGGGAGGACCCCAGAGAACAAAUAGUGAUGAGGUAAUUGGAGAGUGGAUAUACCCAUAUCAUAACAUAAACAUACUGUGAGAUAGAAGCUUAGUAGCUUUGGCAAUACGCCAGUGCCAAGAGAUGCACACAACAAUCCAAGGAACCUAAUUGUUGAUCAUCAGCUUCUGAUGAGGCUUUAAAUCUCCUUCUAGUGUGUUCCUCUGAAUUAAACUGGGAAACUUUAAACUUCAUCUGAAUUAAACUUAAUUGGAAACAGUAGCAACUGACAAAUUUCUGAAGCAAUGUUGAAGAGACCUGGAGCACAAAUUCUUACAAAGAGAUAUUACUGGACUACCAUGAAUCCUUCUUUCAUGUCAGUAUGUAAAUACUUAAAGAAUUUUUUUCCAUGCUAAGAAGCAGAUGUUUAGCUCACAGAUCCCUGUAAGAUGAAAGGGACAAAAUCACAAGGUCUUUAUUUUGUUGUUAUUCAGUUCAGCUGACAGUGAAGGAACUUCAGUCAGACAUGUUUAUGCCAUCCUUCUUCUGACACACUGGCUGAGAAACAGUAAGCCAGGAACAGUAUCUGCAAAAGCAAUCCUAGCUCACUCAAAGAUCUGCCAUGAAGUUUAUAAGGAGCAGUGGUAGAAGGCAAUAUCCUGUCUUUAAACACAAUGACAUUUUUAAAUGUUCCUGUAUAGCAGAUCUACUUUCAUCUCAUACUGAGACCCCUUGCUUUUUUUUAAUAUAGACACUUUUAUCACUUUCACUCUGUCACUUGUGGGUUUAAAUGUAGUUAGUUGCAUCCCCUUUUUUAUUUCAGAACAAUUAAUAACACAGAUUGUCUCUUUACAUCAGCAGUUUCCAAAUGUUCUCCAUAGUGUGAUCUGUCCUAGAGAUUCGUCUGUUUUGUCAGUCUUGCCUCUAUAUCCUUUCCUGCCCUUUGCGUCAGAGGCUGAAUUUUGCUACAGCCUAUUAAUUAAGAAGCUUAUUGAAGCAGAGAAGUAUUGCAAAAUUCAUUUUAAUGUUAAAAAUUAUUCAAUUAAAUAUCAUCUUGGCCCAUAGUGCUAUUUCUGUCUGAAGGAAGAAAGUUGCCAUGAGCCGUUUCCUGAGGGAUCCUUUUGUUGCAGGUAGGACCUAUAUAAAGUGGAAGUACUGGUAUCUGCCCAAAGAGCCCUGUGGAAAACAUCUCAAUAAACAGGACCUGUUCAGAUAAUAUGUCUGAUCUCACAUUUUCUAGAGCUUGGGAGCAUAUGGGAACAGGUAACAUCAGCUCUACUCCCGGGGCAUCCAGCCCUUAACACUCUUUGUCAGGUGCUGGUUGUGGUAGCCUUAGGGACUGUGAGUGAAGAUAUAUAAUAUCUAAUAUUGAUACAAAGUUGCAAAUAGGCUUUUAGAUAUAUUGUAAUCAUGUAAUUAUUUAACAACAUCAGUAGAGGAGAGAGCAGAUCUGUUGUAACAAUUUGCCUGCUACCCUCCCUCGUAGUAGUAAAGCAUUCUCAUACCCUGUGGCUGCAACUGGGGGUCUGUUGCUGACCAAUAAACCGUGUGUUCCUGUGUUUAUCCUACUUUAG